AUGGUGAAUGGUACAGUGAUUCCGGUUGGAAGCUUCGGGUGCUUGACAGUGGAUUAUUGGAAACGGAGUGCCACGAACGUGCUGUGGGCAUUCUUGACACAUGCUCAUGCUGACCACCUGCAAGGUCUUAGUGAUACUUGGACAGGGGCCCCGCUCUAUUGUUCAUCAGCCACAAGGGAACUUCUUCUAGUGCGGUGGCCUGACUUCAGAGCUCCUCUCAUAUCCCUGGAACUGGACGAGACAGUCAUUCUGCGUGCUGCCACACCAUAUGGCCAUGCCACUGUCCAAGUCACCCCUCUUAAUGCGAACCACUGCCUGGGCGCUGUCAUGUUCCUUUUUGAAGGGCCAUUCGGGCGUGUCCUGCAUUGUGGGGACUUCCGAUGGGAGCAGGAGUACCAGAAGGAGAACUUGCACCCCAUUCUGACGAGUGCCCCUUUAGAUGUCCUUUACCUGGACAACACCUAUGCACAUCCAAGGUGCGCACUGCUCGAUGAUGCCUUUCGUUAG